GUAAACACGAGCUCUGUAUGCUUUCGUGAAAUAUUUAUAUAGAAAGUAAAUUAUUUAUAUUUGCAUUCGUUACAUGCAAAACAUGGUAUACUUACACUUUCCAUCGAAUUUAACAGAGGAAGAGUUAAUGUUACAAGCGAAAUAUAACAAGCUUAAAAGAAAGAAAAAAGCUUUGCAAGAUUUAAAAGCACCGAAACAAGAAGUUGAACGUGUGCCACAAGUACCAAAACGACCAACAGAAGCAAGAGAUGCCAGGGAAGUUGCUAAGAAAUUGAUUAAAUCAGGAGUGAUUACAGCUCCAAAGACUCCAAAAAGACCAGAACAAUCAUUUAAAAGGCCACGUGGAUUAGUAAGAAAAUUGAACAGCACAGAGAAAACAAUUAGCUCUUAUCAACCGUUCUCGGCGACACAGAUGGAAGAAGAAGAAACAGAAGCUGUACGACCAAGAGUCAAAGAUUUAUAUGAUAGUUUUGUCAGUGCACAAGACACAGAAGAUCGUACCACUGGUGAUACACAAUCACCAUUGAAACAGGAAAUGAAACCACGUGCAGGGAACACAAUAUUUGUAUGUGGUUACAAAAUAUCUGAGGAUUUCUUAAAGAAACAUUUUCAGACAUUUGGAAACAUAAUUAAUAUUUCAAUGGAGGCAGAAAAAAAUCGAGGCUUUGUGACAUUCGAUAAAUCAGAAGCAGCUGAAAGGGCAAUCAGUGAAAUGGAUGGUAGCAUGGUAUCCUCUAUUCAGUUGAAAGUAUCAUUAGCACGAAGGCAACCUAUAAUAGAACCUAUGAAUGAUGUUACAUCCAGUUUGAUGUGGUCACCUAUUGCUGCAAAUUAUUCACAAAAGAGUGCACACAAAGAUAGGAGAGACUUGAAAGUGUACGAGGAAGAUCUUUUCAUGUGA